AGAUUUAUCAGUUUAUCAGCAGCAGAAAGGAUGGUGUGGGCGGGGCAUUUUGCAAUGACGAUGUGAAAGUUGUUACUGUAAUUUCGGAUAUCCAAAAUGAAAACAUCGUAGGCCUAUGUGGCGUACAUUGGAAUUUAAUUUCAGUGAUCUUAACUCAGUGCAACGGCUCGACCAUCAUGGGAAACACCAACAGCGAGAGGGCUGGAAUGGGUCAGGGAGAUAAGGGUCACCGGCGGGAUAGUCGGGUUAAGGAGGGCGAUAGACCCAAGAUCUUGAUGGACAGCCCCGAGGAUGCCGAUAUCUUCCAUGGGGAGGACAUCAAGGCGCCGUCGGAAAAAGAGGAGUUUCUUGCGUGGCGUCAGGACUUGGAGGCGGACGACAAAGGCCCGACUCUGGACAGACCUAUGGUCUUCCGCUGGACUGGAGAUGGAAAGGAGGUUUUCUUGUCUGGGUCGUUCAACAACUGGGCCAACAAGAUCCCUCUGAUAAAGAGUCAGAACAACUUUGUGGCGAUCGUGGAUCUUCCAGAAGGCGAACAUCAGUAUAAGUUUUAUGUAGAUGGGCAGUGGACCCACGACCCUGCUGAACCUGUUGUAACCAAUCAACUGGGUACCGUCAACAACAUCAUUCAGGUGAAGACAACUGACUUUGAGGUGUUUGACGCGCUCAUGGUGGACUCCCAGAAAUGCUCCGACAUGUCAGAUCUCUCCAGUUCCCCUCCGGGACCGUAUCAUCAAGAGGCUUAUGUCCCCAAACAGGAAGAGAAGUUUAAAUCUCCUCCUAUUCUACCACCUCACCUGCUGCAGGUCAUCCUCAACAAGGACACAGGGAUAUCUUGUGACCCCGCUCUGCUCCCUGAACCCAACCAUGUCAUGCUCAGCCACCUGUACGCUCUCUCCAUCAAGGAUGGUGUGAUGGUGCUGAGUGCGACUCACCGCUACAAGAAGAAGUAUGUGACCACCCUCCUGUACAAACCCAUAUGAACCUCCCUCCCCCCCACCUCCCUCCCUCCCCCCCCCCCUCCCCUCCCUCCCUCACGGCAAACCCAACACCCCACAGCACCUGCACAUACAUAUACCUCACUAGAGAUUCACCUCACUCAAUCACUUCAAUAUUACUCAGCCUGCCUUUUCCUUCUUUUAAGGAACCGUUGUCUACACACAUAUAUAUAUAUAUAUAUAUAUAUAUAUACCAUAUAUAUAUGUGUAUAUAUACACGGUAUAUAGUUUAGUAGCCCCUGCUUCAGCUGUAGAAUGAGAGGGUAGGAGACAGAGGGCUGUGUUAGCUAACAGGCAGAACUCUAACGAUGGUUUGAGAACAGACAGGAAGUGUGACGGGAGAGAGAAUCGCUGGGUAGAGACUGGAGAGAGGCAGUCAGUCUGUGUUACGCAACAAGAACUCCUUUAUGUACUUCAAACCAGACGUUCCUUGAUCGAAAUAAGAGAUCAGCAACACUGUUGGAUCCGCUGUGGGCCUUUUUUAGCAGUACCUUAGCGAUGAAAGCAAUUUCAUCGAGUUUUUCCGACUCCCUUCAGUGUCUUUUGUUCUUGAUGUCUGCUAACAUUUGGGCAAAGUGACAUCUGUAUACUUUUGUGCCACUUAUUUAACUCUAUUUUCUCAGCACUUCACACAAUGUUGAAUAGUGUUUUUUUUAUUUUUAUUUUUUAUCAUAGAAGAGUAUUUAUGUAGCUGUAUAUUUUCUACAUGACUUCUUCAUGUGGUCCACCUCCAUUUUCUUAGCACUUCACACAAUGUUGAAUAGUAUUUUCUUUUAAUAAUAGAAGAGUAUUUAUGUAGCUGUAUAUUUUCGACAUGACUUCUUCAUGUGGUCCGCUUGGUCUAAGGGACCAGUCUAGGAAGGUGUUACAGCUAAUAGGAUGGUUCUUAUAAGAACGUCAGUGUUGCGUAACAUAUUCCAUAUUUGAGUUGGAGGCCGGUACUUCAGAGAAGGAGGCGGACAUAUCAAUGUGAACCUGAUUAUCAUGCUGUUGUGUCAAUUAUUUCCCUUUGUGUCAGAGUUUUUAUUCAAAUGAAAAUUAAUUUUGUUGCACGAUAAAUGUUAUUUCUAAAAUAAAUGAUUGAACCGA